GCCCACGGGUCAAUGUUGAAGAGUUUAGCUUCCUAGAAAGAAUUUUUCAAAAGACGAAGUCGGAAGAACGGACUUGGGCGAAGUUGGUAAAUCCGAGAACAAUCCAUUGGUAUUGUGACGGUCCCGAGCCUACCCGUGAGGCCAUUAUAUACGACGAAAGAGUUCACAGAUGUAAGCCCGUCAUCUUUCACUUCGUUUAAAUAUUUUCACCCAUAUGUAGACAAUAUCAUCCGUCCUGUAUUACAGAGAUGGACGACGCAAGGAGGAGGGCACUGAUAAAAUCACAAGCCGCUAGGCAAAAGGAGACGGGCGAGAUUGUGGUUCCUAAGGGGACGGCGUCGUCGGCAAAGAGGAAACAGGCAUCCAAGUCUGACUGUCCACCUAAGCAACAAAAAAUCCCUUUGGAGCCAGUCGUAGGGUUGAUGGCAGAGGGUGUGAAGACCAUCACCCCCUCAAAACAUAGGUCUGGCAAAGGCUUAAUGAAGGCCCCGUCCACUAGUCAGGAGAAGCCUCCUCCUCUUCUCCGUGACGACUCCAAAUUCGCCUUGGAGAGACUCUCGUCAAUCAUUUCCUUAGAAGACUAGGAAGACCUCGGCAAUCACUCGACAGAGGCAAUGGGGGAGAUGGGUCUAUUUGCCGUAGCACAGUCCUUGGUUAUGAUGAAGGGCCUAAUGGACCGGUGUUUGAACCGUGAGGCUGCUCUGGAACGUGUUCGAGUAAAGGCAGAGCAGACGGAGGAUGAACUCGGUCAACUUCAUAAGUGGAAGUCUACAAUGGAGAAGAAGUUUGACCUGUUCGAGCAGGUAAGAAAAGAGCUGGAGCAGAGGACGGAGGAAGCUAGGAAGGCCUUGGAAGCCAGAGACAAGGAAGUCAAGGACUUGAAGGAAAAGCUCCGUCAAGCCAAGGAGGACGCGGUCCGUGAAUACCGCGACUUCGACGCUUUGCUGAGAGAGCUGGGGGGUUCGUUCCUUCAAGGCUUCGAUGAUGCACUCCGUCAGCUUAAAAAAGCCUACCCUGACCUGGAUGUAUCAAUGAUAAACGUCAAUGAUCAAGAUCAGACGUCUGCUUUGCCCGUCGCUUCAAAGAAUACAGACGACCUCUUUGGUGACGAUGCGGCUCAAGGUGACGGAGAAUCAGUCCCAACAAAAGAUGUUCAAGAUGCCGACUAAAAAAAGUAGAUUAAUGUUACCUGUCUCUUUUGUAUUUCAUUUUGAGAACAAUCUGUCUCUCUUUUUGUAUUAAACAGUUGCCCCCUGGGCUUUUUAUCCGUUAUUAAUGCUUUACUUUAUUUUUAUGCCUUCUAUUACUGUUUGGAAAUUUCUUAAAUAUCCGUCCUCCCCAUGUAGUGGAGAUUAAGAAAAUACUCGUCGAUCCAAGAGCAUUU